GUGCUUCGAAUGCAACAUAUUAAGGAAGCUUGGGCCUGGAUGUCGUUGCUCACGGACUUGUUCGUACGCAGUGCGUAAUAAGUUCGGUGGUACAGCAUGAACUACUCCAGAUGUAGGAUGAUAACCAUGUUUGCUUUUCCCGUUCAAAGCCAUUACACGUCCCUCGUCCUGUGCCAGCCCUAUGAAGCUCCAUCAUGCUAUGCCACCACGUCGUACACACAUCCAGACUUCGUCGAUUAUACCGAGUACGUAUAAUCGCCCGUCUCAAUGCAUCCCGAGGACGAAUCCCGAGGACCGAGCUGCAAAAACUUACUGCGUAGUACUUACCAAUGCCCCGGUCGCCGGCUCCAUCUCCGUCCUCCGCAUCCCCCAGUCUUUUCCUCCCAUCUCCGACUUCCCUCAGCAAAGUUCACUCCCCCUUGACAGCUCUCUAGUCGCCCUGUCCCAGCUAUCCGUCUCGUCUCGCCUCGCCUCGCCUCAUCCACAUCGGAACCGUGCGCCCGGACUCGCACCUACAUGGUACGCAGUAUUAGCCUCAACUGUCUCGUCUUCUCAGCCUUCGCCGGCCCCCAAGUCCUCGCUCCCCCAUGUGGUGGCGCCGGCCUUUUGCCCGCUAAGCUUCGCUAGACUGGCCCUGGACACCACCGCCGAGCCGGCGCGGUUUAUAAUGGACUGUCUUGCAUGACUCUCGCGCCUCCCACCGCGAGCAGAUCAAGAAGGAAUGCGGCCAGGGUCCCAAAGAACCAGUCAGUGCGCCUGGGUAGCAAGACACCAAGGUAGGGAGGUGGUAGCGGGACUGGCAGGGGCAACUACACACUACGAAAUACGUACAA